UCGGGUGGCGGCGGCCGCGGGUCCCGACGCGCUCCCGCUCCCGCUCCGCCCCCUGCGCGGCCCGACAGGAGGUGCGAUGGCCUCGCGCAAGAGCUCCAGAGCCGCUGGCGGCAGCCCCAGCCCCGGCUCCAAGAGAGAGACUAAGCAUGGAGGAAGCAAGAAUGGAAAGAAAGAAGGCCUCUCUGGAAGCUCAUUUUUCACCUGGUUUAUGGUAAUUGCUUUGCUGGGAGUUUGGACAUCAGUAGCAGUUGUCUGGUUUGAACUUGUAGAUUAUGAAGAAGUUCUAGGCAAACUUGGGAUUUAUGAUGCUGAUGGAGAUGGAGAUUUUGAUGUGGAAGAUGCUAAAGUAUUGCUAGGCCUUAAAGAAAGAUCUGUCCCAGCACAGCCAACACCACCAGAAUCUGAGGAGACUCUCCAGGCUGCUGAGAAGUCCUAUGUGGAAUCAGAACACAAGACUGCUGACGUAGAAUUGGAAGACGAAAGUCAGUCUAUUCUUCAUGAAACUCUCCAUUCCCAGCCUGGAGAGAGGCAUGAAGAUGUAGAUGCAAGUAUAAGUGACCAGUGGCAAGUGAAGGAAGAAAUACAUGGAGAAACUUUUGAAGCUCCUACAACAGAUGACAUGCACAGAGAAUUAGAGAAUGAAAUACCAGAAGCAUAUGAGACACCAGACUCAAUUCAGAAAGAUGCUGAUCUUUUGGCAGAUGGUCUUGAAGCAGUGGAGUCUGAGCCCUAUGAAGUUCCAGCUUCAGAUGAUUAUGUUGUAUCUAUGGAGGGAAGAGUAAGUGAUCCAGAAGCUCCAGGUGACUCUGAGGUAGUACUAGAAGAUGCUAGGGAACAUUACACAGAACCCAAACAUGAAAAGCAGACUGAGACUCAAGAUACAGCUAUUCACGACCUUCCAGAGGAGGUGAACGAAGCCACAGAGCCAGAUAAAAUUACUGAAGAUUUUGAUGUUGCUAAAGAUGUCUCAGUAGAAAGUAAGCAAUCAGAAGACGAUGUGGCCAUUGAACCAGAGGAAUCAGAAAUACCUGUUCAAGCUGAGGAUUAUUCAAAUGAUGUUCGAGUGGGGAAAAGUGAAAAAGAAACCGAACAAGACAAAACAGAAAAAGCUAAAAAGAAGAAACCAAAGCUCUUAAACAAGUUUGAUAAGACCAUUAAAGCUGAACUAGAUGCUGCAGAAAAACUACGUAAAAAAGGAAAAGUUGAAGAAGCUCUAAGGGCCUUUGAAGCACUAGUGAAUCGAUAUCCACAAAGUCCUCGAGCAAGAUAUGGAAAAGCACAGUCUGAAGAUGACUUAGCUGAGAAAAUGAGAAGCAAUGAGAUGCUGCAACAAGCUAUCAACACCUAUGAUGAGGUGGUUAGUCUGCCAAAUGUCCCUUCAGAUCUGAUAAAGCUGAGCUUGAAACGAGAAGCAGACAGGCAGCAGUUCCUCGGUCGCAUGAGGGGUUCCCUGGUUACUCUACAGAAAUUAGUUCAGCUGUUUCCCAGUGAUACUUCAUUCAAGAAUGACCUUGGUGUUGGUUACCUCUUGAUAGGAGAUAACAGCAAUGCUAAGAAAGUAUAUGAAGAGGUUCUAAGUCUGGCUCCAAACGAUGGCUUUGCCAAAGUACAUUAUGGUUUCAUCCUGAAGGCAGAAAACAAGAUAGCAGAGAGCAUACCCUAUCUACAGGAAGGACUAGAGUCGGGUGACCCUGGCACAGAUGAUGGACGUUUUUAUUUUCAUCUGGGUGAUGCCUUACAGAGAAUGGGAGACAAAGAGGCAUACAAGUGGUAUGAACUUGGAUACCAAAGAGGUCACUUUGCUUCAGUUUGGCAGCGCUCUCUCUACAAUGUCAAGGGACUGAAAGCUCAGCCUUGGUGGACAGCAAGGGAAACUGGUUAUACAGAGCUGGUGAAGUCCUUAGAGAAAAACUGGAAGCUCAUUCGGGAUGAGGGUCUUGCUGUGAUGGAUAUAAAAAGCAGCCUCUUCCUGCCUGAAGAUGAGAAUCUACGAGAAAAAGGAGACUGGAGCCAGUUUACCUUAUGGCAACAAGGAAGAAAAAAUGAGAAUGCUUGUAAAAGUGUUCCGAAAACAUGUUCUUUAUUGGAAAGAUUCCCGGAAGCUACUGGCUGCAGAAGAGGGCAGAUCAAAUAUUCUAUCAUGCACCCCGGGACUCAUGUCUGGCCCCACACAGGGCCCACAAAUUGUCGGCUGAGGAUGCAUUUGGGCUUGGUGAUACCUAAGGAAGGCUGCAGAAUACGGUGUGCCCAAGAGAACAGAGCCUGGGAAGAAGGGAAAGUUCUUAUUUUUGAUGACUCUUUUGAACAUGAAGUAUGGCAGGAUGCUGAAGAUUAUCGCCUGAUAUUCAUUGUGGAUGUGUGGCACCCUGAGUUAACAGCACAACAGAGACGCACCCUUCCUGCUAUUUAAGGGGUUCCUUCUGAUAUGUGGCGCAGAGGAGCUUUAACUCUUUGGAGUAUGCAAAUGGGAUUAAUUUAUCCAGCAUACGAAGUAUACAAGUAUUUUAAGGAUAAGAAAGGAUGAGAUUCUACAAUCAGAGAGGACUUGGUUAAAAAAAAAAAAGAAAAAAAAAGGAAAAAACUAAAAAAAAGAAGCCAUGUUUUGUUUCAUACCGAUACAGCACUGAUGUGUAUUGUUUUUCUGGCUGCAAGUUUGAAAAUACGAAUCUUGUCAGCCAAAAAGCAAUAGGUGUGGAUUUUCAAACUGAGGAAUGUGCAGAUGGUUUUGCCAUGCCUAUAUUGUGUGUACACAACCAGUCAGUCGGUCAUAUGCUUGACCAUGUUGAGGCACAAGAUUUAUGAUUCUACGUCUAGGAAAUACUUCCCAAGCUUUUAUCUGGGAAGCAAUAUGUAAGAUAUUUGCAAAUGUAUGCACACAACUGACUUUGAAAAUCAGUAUGCAGUUGUAAUGUUAGCUGCUUUAGGCUUAGAACGUGUCCCUAUGUUAUCACUAUAGAUAAUGUGAAUGGAUUAUGUGAGUUUUGUACUUUUUCUACCUGAGUAAUUGUAUUUUUCUAGCUUAAUUAUGAACAAAUCUUCUUUAAUUAACCACUAUUUUUAAAAAAAAAAACACUAUAUAUACAAGUGUGUCUCUAGCUAUCAGCAGAAGGAAAACAUUAUGUAUGAACAGAUUUAAUUUUUGCUAAGUGUGGCCUUCUUUUGCCUUCUUGGAAAUGCAAGUAGAAACUAGCAUAAUCAGCUGCCUAGUGAAGCUUUGUUCUUCUAAAACAAAAUAGUUCUCUUAGUUAGCAGGCAACUUUCAGUUUGAUAAUGUGAUUUUGGAAAAUGUUGAGCAAAUGUGACAUUUGUGGGCUCAGAUUGUAAAGUGCUUGACAGUUCAUAGGAUUAUUUGGUGAGCUGCUGUUUUUCCUGUUGUUACAAAAGCUUGUGAUGUGAUAUCUUUUUCUACUCAACAAGGGUCUGGGGCACCUCUUUCCAGGGGCUCCUCCUUGGCUGCCCUUGAGUGGUCAUUCAGCAGAAAAAAAAUAUAUGAAGAAUUUCUUGUUCUUUGGGCAGAAAGACAAGGUCUAACUUGGGUUUCCUGCCAUAAUGCAGAAGAGACAAAGAGCUUCAGGUUAUUAACUUGUAUUAACUUCUGCUGCCAGCAUCCUACAGAGUACUAGAAUGAUCCUCUAAUUGACCUAAUGGUGUUUUCCUUAUUUUGAAACGUAGAACAUAAUGCUGAAUGAGUCUGAUCCCAGUACUGUUUACAGGAUGCUCUGUAUUUGCCAUACGGAAUUUACUGUAUCGUAAAAAGGCCUAUUUUCAAGAAAGAGAACUUGCUGGAUGUUUAAGAAGUUGUCAAGUCUUUUGGGUCUGUACUGUUUGAUGGGAAAUGGAGAGUGCAGGACCCUCCACUAUUAACUUCUAAGAACACUAACAGGAGAGAGAGACCAGAGGUUGCACUGUGAUGUUUAUGUCAGGCUGUGACCUACUCACUUGCAACACCAGCUGGGUGUGGACAGUUGUGAUGGGAUGCCCAGGACUCGUCCAGAGCAGUGGCAUCACUUCUGAGGGUUGUAAGAGACAAACACUAAGCAAGGAGACAUUGAAGUUACUUAGUCUCCACAACUUUGGCUUUGUUGUCCAAAGGACACUGAACAGUCAUCUUAUUUGUGUAAUACUCUGGUUUAUUACUGCAGAGACUACAUCGUGGUACCUAAAUAUUGUGACCUGAAUGCUGCAUUUGCUAAAGCAAAAUACAGAUAAGAGCUUUGCAUUCCCAUAAGCUGAAUGCUCUUCAGAUUUUGUAUUUUACUAGGUAAUUAAAUUUUGUAAUGCCAUAUAACACAUGGUGAUUACACCAUAAAUUAGUGUAACCAGUUUCUGGAAGUGUGCACUUUAAUUUCCUUUUUGAAUAGUAAACUGAUAAACCCUCUCUGAUCAAGAGUCAGUUUUAGACAGCUAAGAUAAUUAGGUUUUAAUGUGUUGUCCAUAUCAAAAAUAAUCCUGAGACUAUACGCAAUGUACAAGAAAGUAACACUUCUCAGUUAAUAAUAAUGAAAAAUGAAAAGAUUUAUAAGUUUCACACUUUAGAAAAUUUAAAGAUACUUCUGGAGGUCAUUAGGAGAAUUAUGCAAAAGUGGAAAUAAGAUACUCAUUAUUGUGAGGGAUAAAAGAGUAAAAACGUUUUUUAAAUCUCCUGGUAGUUGUUAAAUCAGAGGCUGUAUUUUUAUCUUUGUGAAGUGAUCAAGCAGUAUAAAUUAUAAACUAUUUUGUAAUUCUCUUAAAUAAAGACAGUUUGUAAAGAAAGAAACAAAAACUUUUGAAACAAAAAUUGGUGGUUUAGGAAUAUUUUUAUUGAUAUUGCAUUUUAGUUUCUAUAGCUCAGAUUAAAUGCUAAAGGUAAAAUUUUGGAGUUUUAUUUAUGAAAAUCCAUGCCAUCCUUCAUAUUGUUUCAUUGUUCUUUUGAAGGCUCAUACUUUAUCUUUUCCAAUUGCAAUUGACAAAUAGAUAAAAUUGGCAAAUAGAUAAAAGUAAUCUACCCAAGCCGUGUGUGUGCUGGAGUAGCACUGUUCAUUAGAUUGUGUAGUGAUACAUUGGCCAUUUAAAAAUCUUAAGUGCCUUUAAUAAGACAAGGUGUACUAUGAAUAGCUCCUGCAACACUGAAGUGAAUCUACUCCAUGCCUACAAGGCAGGAAGCUGAGAGCAUGUUGUUUUGUUAGGUACAGUUACUGUAUUAGCUAUAUACAUGGGGAAGAUACAUAUAGCAGACUACAGAAAUUAUGCAGUGAACAACUGGUAUAUUAUUUUAGGUAUUCCUGUUUGCCAACUGGUAUUUUGUCUUGAAAAAGCUUUUCAGCAUUGGAAGUGCCAAGAGAAGAAAUGAAUGGAAAUGCUUUUUAAAUGGAGAUCCAUUGCAAUUUAACUUUUUUUUUAGUUAGGUUUAUUUACAGAAGGAAAUGGCUGACAAGAGCAAUGUAGUCUGUAAGGCAGUAUAUACUCAUCAUGAUGAUAGGAGGUGGGUUCCAUCCUGCCUGUCAUUACCUUCUUUGCACAGUCUCUAUAAGAUCCUAUGGUUAAAUACAAGCUUCAUACAGUUAUAUACAAGGCAUCAUAUGUAUUUAUUCAUAUCACAGUUAAAGAAAAGAAAUAAUUCUAAUCCUUUGCAAGGUUUGAUCUUCAAGGGCUGGAUUUCAGUGAUAUUUGCACUUCUUGGACAGAACCAAGACCCACUUCAAUGAACAGUGAUUGUAACAGAUCAUCACAAAGACUCAGUGGCAGUGGGGGUAGCAGAGAUUAGGUGUUUUUCUCUGUAUUAACAGAGAAAAAUCACAAACCAAAGUAUUUCUUCCUUAAUGCUGCAGUAUACUAGCCAAUGUCUGUCUUUUUUGCCUGUUUAAGUUUUUGCUUUCUGCUUUAAGCAAGUUCUCUUUGACAAAUCCAAAUGCCUUUGAGUGUCCGUGAGCCCAGGGAAGGGAAGGGAGCUAUGUCCUUCUACUGGGACUUGACAUCCUGUAAUAGUUGGUAAUGUCAGGGGAUUGGGAAUGGAAGAAAUCCCAAAGAUAAAUGGGCUCAAUCAUCUUCUAUGUUUAAUGUUCCUGGAAGCUGCAAGCUUCUGCUUCUUUUUCUAACUCCUGUGUUACCUUGCUGGGACCAUCCACUGCCUUAAAGACUCACUCUCUAUCAUGGAGGCUAGGCUUUGUAUCAAUAACGUGUUGCUGUAGGAGGAGGUUAGUCUGAAUGAAGUUAUUCUGUACAAAUACUGGUGCAUAAAUCCCAGGUGUGUUGAUAGGAUCUGGCAGGAUGUCCUUUCUGCCCUGUGCAGGCAUAAAAUGUUGUUGUAGAUAAAGGCAGUAUUUUGUUAGUCCAUCUGUUAGGGCUGACCAUGUCCACUUGAACUAUAUUGUCACUUCAGUGUAACACUUAAGAAUUCAAUGAAUGUUCUAGGGGCACAUUAAAAACCCUUGUGCCUAUUAUCAUCUCAUUUUGUCUGUAUGGUUUACUCUGCUACCUUUGAUAUGUUGUUGCCAACCACUUGUUCUAGUAAAUUGCCAAUAUGUGGCAAUAUAAUUGAAGAAUAAAGGUGUGUACAGUGGUUGUAACUGUUUUAGGAAAUAAAGUCACUGAACAUGCAAUU